UCUGUUAGGCUCAGUGGAGAUAUCUGGAUUGCAUUUGUUGGACUGCACUUAGAUUUCUUCUAGCUGCUCCACUGUUAAUACUGAUGAUGACAACUGUUCGCAAAAAAUUGGUACAAGACAAUGUAUUCAGGCCAAAAGGGGAUAAAUUACUUCAUAUUUUGUCAUUGUCAAAAUCUUCCAGUCAGAAAGAGGACAGCUAUCUUUGUAUCUCAGUGACCAGAGAAAAGGAAGUACAGAUUUCCCAUUUGCAGAUCAGAAGAAUGGGAACAACUGAUAUGUAUGAAAGACUGAAAGUAUGGCAUCUUAAGGACUUGGUUCUUGUUGAUGGCAGAGAUGCUAUGGAGGAUAACCCUCAUUUUGACAUGCACUUCAGUGAUGUCUGCUCUUGGGAAGCCUUCAGCACUGCAUCUAAGUAUGAAUUUGCACGCUGCUUGAGGAAAAUGAGUAAAACUUACUAUAAGAAGGAUCUAAGAUUUAUACACUUUGAUAAUGACUUCAUAGAAGAUGUUCGACAUUAUGAAGUUCCUGAGGACACUAUGCUUGUAUUGAAAAUGUGCCUGCAAGCAUUCAAUUGUGUUUGCCUUCUAGGAUGCCUGUAAAACAUUAGUAUUUUAUUAAACAAUAGAUUCCGUA